GAUCUCGUUAGUGCGCGUGCGCAAAUGCUACAUCCGUUGUGGACGUCGGAUCCUGUGGGAGUCAGGGAAGUGCGGCUCGCCGUACUCAGCCUGUAGCCAUGUCGGCCUCAGUAGUGUCAGUUAUUUCGCGGUUCUUAGAAGAGUACUUGAGCACCACUCCGCAGCGGCUGAAGUUGCUGGACGCGUAUCUCCUGUAUAUACUGCUGACCGGAGCGCUGCAGUUCGGUUACUGUCUCCUCGUGGGGACCUUCCCCUUCAACUCUUUCCUCUCGGGCUUCAUCUCUUGUGUGGGGAGCUUCAUCCUAGCGGGUUCACUUUUUGAUGUCUCCUGGAUACGAUUUCUUGAGAUGGCAGCUUGUUGGAUACGUGGAUUUUUCAGAUUUGUACUCACUACCAAGCCUGCUUUGGUGUACAGGCGGAGGGCCCAGAGAGGUUCUCUCCCUCUGUGUCAGACCAGCUUUGUGACAAACGUUUGUUAACAUGACCUUUGUCUUUCAUUGAGUAUUGCCUUUUACCCUCCAGAUUAAAAAAACUUCAUGCCACUCUUC